AUGAUUGCCCCACAGGAGAUGUCGUACAUUCGGCAGCUAGGGCCCGUGUCGUACGAGGUGAAGGAGGGGUUCGUACCCGGUAUGCGUGUGCCGGGUGUCGUGUACGUCAACAACGCGCUCAAGGGUCUUAUCUUUGAGGAGCUCCAACAGGCUGUACAGCGCGGCGAUCAUGGCGGAUUCCUUCCGGCAGUUAAGCAGUUGGCCAACGUGGCGGCCCUCCCUGGCAUUGUCAAGCGGUCCAUCGCCUUGCCCGACGUGCAUUCGGGGUACGGCUUCGCAAUCGGCAAUGUGGCCGCAUUCGACAUGGAUAACCCCGAGGCCGUUGUCUCCCCCGGGGGCGUUGGGUUCGAUAUCAACUGCGGUGUACGGCUUAUCCGUACAAACCUAACUGAAGCGGAUGUCGCCCCCGUGCGAGAGCAGCUGGCUCAGGCCCUCUUCGACCACAUUCCCGUGGGCGUGGGGUCGCAGGGCAUCAUCCCCACCACUGCCAAGGACAUGGAGUCCGCUCUGGAGCUGGGAAUGGAUUGGUCUCUGCGGGAGGGCUACGCCUGGGCUGAGGAUAAGGAGCACUGUGAGGAGUACGGCAGGAUGCUAAAUGCGGACCCGCGGCACGUGAGCUCCCGCGCCAAGAAGCGGGGGCUGCCCCAGAUGGGCACUCUGGGGGCGGGGAACCACUACGCGGAAGUGCAGGUGGUGGAUGAGGUGCUGGACCCGGUGGCUGCCCGGCGUAUGGGUAUCGACACGAAGGGCCAGGUGGUGGUCAUGAUACACAGCGGCAGCAGGGGACUGGGACACCAGGUAGCGACCGACGCGCUCGUGGCCAUGGAGAGGGCCAUGGCGCGAGACGGCAUCGUCACUAACGACCGCCAGUUGGCUUGUGCCCGCAUCGGCAGCGCGGAGGGCCAGUCGUACUUGGCAGCCAUGGCGUGCGCGGCCAACUACGCGUGGGUGAACAGAAGCAGCAUGACGUUCCUGGCGCGACAGGCCUUCGCCAAGCUCUUCAAGAGCACUCCGGACGAUUUGGACAUGCACGUGGUGUACGACGUCAGUCACAACAUCGCCAAGGUCGAGCAGCACCUGGUGGACGGCAAGUAUAUGCGGUUGCUCGUACACCGGAAGGGCUCCACCCGCGCCUUCCCCCCCCAUCACCCGCUCAUACCCGUGGACUACCAACUAAUCGGACAGCCCGUACUGGUGGGGGGGACCAUGGGUACGGCGUCGUACGUGCUUACGGGUACGGAGCAGGGUUUCAAGGAGACUUUCGGAUCCACGUGCCAUGGCGCUGGUCGAGCUCGCAGUCGCAACAGCUCCCGUAACAAACUGGACUAUCAGCAAGUACUGGACAACCUCAAGGCCAAGGGUAUUUCCAUCCGCGUGGCCUCCCCCAAGCUGGUGAUGGAGGAGGCCCCGGAGAGCUACAAGGACGUCUGUGCGGUGGUGGACACCUGCCACGAGGCGGGCAUCAGCAAGAAGGCGGUCAAGUUGCGACCCAUCGCCGUCAUCAAGGGGUGA